CUCACCAGCGCCGAUUCAAACUCUAGAGGUGAAAGGAGUUUGGGACGAAAUGGCUGGAUGACUAAGGUAGUAAUUGAAGUGAAGAGGAAGAACGAGGUUUCGAACAUACCCGUAAGAAAUGGUUGCACGAAGACUCUCACAGAACCGCUCUGGCCUGGGAUCGGAUAAAAUGAGAUUAGAGAGAGCCGAAGACAAAGUAAAAGAUGCAAAUGUUAAGACAUAUGGAAAAUGUCGAAUAAGAAUUAAUGUAGUGAACAAGGUGAAGCUCUUGAGGCAGGAGAAGAGGGAAAAUCCCAGAAUGACAGAAGACAUGCUACUCGACGCACAUCGAAGGCACGAUGUCUUUCUUACCCCGUGUAGCAGAAGUGCAUGUGAUAGGGGAUUUAUGAAUACACUAGGCAGGAAACGGAGUAGCAGCGGAGAAGAAGUAGAUGAGAGCUUGAAGAUGUGGCAGUGUGCUGACGAUGAAGAUGAAACCGGACUGAGGCUCAAGCGAUGUGAGGUUGAUUUAGGCAGUUUCCUGUUCGGGCAUGAGGCCCUGGAAAGGAAUAGCGUGGUGCCAGGCUGGCUUGAAAAGGAAAUCCCGGAGCAGAUCCUAGACGGGGUGGUGAAUGUUGGAAAGGGAAAUAAAUACUUGACACACAUGCCCAUAAGUAGAGUACAUAGGGAAUGUACAUGUAACUAUGUCCCUGUAUCAAUUUAUCAAAAGGGGUCGAGGCAAGCAGAGGUCGGAACAAGAGAGCUCACACUUUUUAUCCGUGGUGGCUUUUGCCCCGCUCAGUUAAACAUACCCCGCCGUUGGGAUCCCGUUCUCACUGUCUACAUUCAUCGUUAA